AUGGCCAUGCUAAAAGAGGUCAAUGAGGAGCCCCUGAUUUUUGCCACUGUUGUCCGUCCUGGUGUUCUGCGCAGUGAAGUUCUAUACGAGCCCAGCGGGGAAGAGGCGCUAGACCAGGAAUCUCGAAAAGUAGCUGCUACGGAUGUUUUGAUAUCUUUCGGGCGAUAUUUUGUGUUUCGUCGAAUCCACUCGUCCUCGUGGUUUGGGCUCGACCCGGAGCCAGGACACCUAUGUGACUGUCCAGCUGUUGAAAGCGACUAUGAGCUUUUAGGCACCCUAGACACCGGGUUGGAACGCAAGAUAAAGAUUGUCUGGAGUGCAACGGGUGAGACUGCGGGGGUUAACCCACGAUGUACAUCAACAGAUGCAAAUGCAAAGACUGUCCUGCGCCUUGCUGCAAUCGACAGCAAGCCCGAUAGUAUCUAA